AUGCCAAAUCUAGGAACAUGGUUUGGUAGGAUAUUUUUGUUUUUGGCCGGCCUGUUAGUGUGUUUGUUCUCUCCGACUUCAUGUAGCAAGGAGGACGUGACCACGAACCACUGGCUUGUGGAACUCCACCACGAUGUGGGACCGGAAGCUGCCAUGGAGGUCGCUAAAAGGACUGGGUUCACCUACGUAGCACCGAUGCUGGGAUCUCCUCGUGAGUUCCAUUUUAUACACAACGCUGUGCCAAAUAUUCGAAUGAGAAGAAGCGUGCUUCACACGAGGUUACUGAAAUCACACCCAAUGGUAAAAAGAGCUGUACAACAAUUGGGAUAUGUACGGGCCAAACGAGGCUUCAAACCUUUAAAAGGUGUGCCCAUAUCUGACAUCAAACUGACAGCUCCGGACAUUGAACAUUUCUUACUGAAUCAUGAUCUCACGGCGGAGGAUAUCACGGAGGAUGGAAGCAGUGCACAAACACCUAAUGAUCCAUUGUUUGCGAAAGAAUGGUACCUGAAAAACACCGGCCAGUCCGGAGGAAUCCUGGGUUUGGAUCUAAAUGUGGAAGCAGCAUGGGCAAUGGGCUACACCGGAAAGGAGAUCACCACCGCCAUCAUGGACGACGGUAUCGAUUAUUUGCACGAGGACCUGAAACACAAUUACAACGCCAAGGCCAGUUAUGACUUCAGUAGCAAUGAUCCAUACCCGUAUCCACGCUAUACAGACACGUGGUUCAACAGCCACGGCACUCGCUGCGCCGGCGAGGUGUCUGCAGCCCGGGACAACAAGGUCUGUGGAGUAGGCGUGGCUUAUGAUUCUAAGGUGGCAGGACUAAGGAUGCUAGACCAACCAUUCAUGACAGAUUUAAUUGAGGCCAACGCUAUGGGGCACAUGUCAAAUGACAUCGAUAUAUACAGCGCCUCCUGGGGGCCAACGGAUGAUGGCAAGACCGUAGACGGGCCCCGCAAUAUGACCAUGAGGGCGAUAGUUCAUGGCGUCAAUGAGGGACGUCAUGGUCUAGGGAAUAUCUACGUGUGGGCUUCCGGUGAUGGCGGUGCGGAUGAUGACUGUAACUGUGACGGUUAUGCGGCCAGCAUGUGGACUAUUUCAAUUAACUCCGCCACUAAUGAUGGGCAAACUGCCGGAUACGACGAAUCGUGUUCCUCCACCCUUGCCUCUACUUUCAGCAAUGGCAAAAGCACACUUCGUGACGCUGGUGUGGCUACUACCGACCUGUACAACAACUGUACCACCACUCAUUCAGGAACUUCCGCCGCGGCACCGGAAGCUGCUGGUGUCUUCGCUCUCGCAUUGGAGGCAAAGAAGUUUGCCACCAACCAGCCUAUUCAGAUGCACAUAGACACAGACGCGUGCCAUGGCAGUGACAACGAGAUCAACUACCUGGAGCACGUGCAGGCGUUCGUAACGCUUAAGUCCACAUACAGAGGAAAUGUCGUCAUCUUCAUUACGUCACCAAUGAACACUACCUCGAUGAUCCUGAGCCAGAGACCUAAUGAUGACGACCACAAGAAUGGGUUCACUCGCUGGCCCUUCAUGACAACACACACCUGGGCUGAGAACCCUCAUGGGCGCUGGAAGCUUGAGAUCACACUCGUACCUGGUAAGAACACCAACGUAGACACGGGAACUUUCUUUGAAUGGACCUUAAUUUUCCAUGGAACUCGCAACGCCCCCUACAAAAACCAGAUUGCAGACGAGAUGAAUCAUGGGAAGCUGUUCAAGGUCAAAAGAAUCCACCAGGAGAAAGCUUGA